AGCCCCCUGUCUGCACAAUCCCCCCAUGCUAGGGGAGGCCUACCAGCCCUGCGAGAGGAAACGGCCGGGCAAGGGGCACAGCCGUCAUUUCGUGGUGGGCUCCCACUCAGGCCCCAUGGUGGUGGAGGGUUGUGCUGUCAGGUGUGACAGGGACACGGUGGUCUGAGCCCCGCUCCGCUCCUCCAGUGUUUUUCUGCAUUAAGGAAGAACCUGAAGUUUUGCUUUUGAGACUCAGCAACUGCUCUGGAUAAAUACCCCCUGUGUAAACUCCAGCUGCUGUACCAUGUACCAGUCUGGCUUUGUGCCACGGGAGUACUACCCAACUGUGAUCCCACCUUCUGCCUACACCUACCCACCGCUGCGGCCUGGGAGAGCGGAAGACAUGACCAGCUCUGUGAUGUUCCCUCCCAUCCACGUGCACAACUUCUACAGCCGACCCAUCACCUUUGUGGUGGACCGGAAUGGCUACCCUGACUAUGGGGGAGGUCAGGUGGAUUAUCAUCAUCUCUACAGUGCUUCCAACCCCUACUACCGUCCAUACUACACCUGGCACUUCCCUCCUGUGGUCCCCAUCCCUCUCUACAAUCCCUAUGCAAACUACAAUCCCUAUGCUGCCUACCAGAGGUCAGAUCAGUAUCGAGACACAUGGCCAGAAGGCUUCACAAUGAGAGGGGAGCUUCAAUGGGGGAAGCUUGGGAAGGUGUUUGGACCAAGGAAAGACCUCCCAGAAUUUCUGAAGGAUGAUCUCCGGAGGGUUUAUGGCACCUACCCACGGACCAACAUCUCUAUAACCUACAGGAAAGGGGAGUUCUUGGUCAAGGGAGACCCCAAGGUAGGAGAACAAGAAUAUGCAGUGGAAAAAAAAGUCAUCCAGCAAGCUAUGACCGCCAGUGCUAGUGAGGCAGAUGACAGCAGUGAGGACCGGAACCGUAAGAAGAAAAAGAAACUAAGACGUUGAUGUAGUCAAACACUUGAAGGACAGAUGCUCCAGAGCCCUCGUGGGAGCCAGUUGGCAGCUGUUCUUCGUGAAGCUGGCAAGUAGCACGAGCAAUGGAUGCGACCACUCUCUUUGGCUUUUAACUGCUCCUCUUCCUCCACAAGCUUACAGCAGCUUUACCCUGUUUCAUGCACGGUGCCCAUCCUGUGAAGAAACCACAUGGCACUUGGUCUGUUGGAUCAGCUCUUUGGUCCUGGUUUUGAAAUGAACGCUUGCUUUCCAUUGGGUUGGUUGAGUGGUCACAGUCAGGUGGGGGGAUUUCCAGACAGCAGCCCUUGAUUAGAAGAUGGGCCUCUUCCUACCCUGUCCAAGGGAAGGUCCUGGAAGCUGGCUCCCUUCCUGGCACUUGGUUAAGGAGAUCAAAGCAGGAUUUCCUCCAAGCUGGGGGCAGUGCAGGUGCCAGAGGAAAGAGGGGUCCUUGAACACUGUGAAGAGCAAUUGUCUGCAUAUCUUGUCACUGUUGUUUUAUGACCAUACCAUUGUGCUUAAUCACCAUGCGAUGCCUGUAUGCAGCACUUCCCUACAUGCUGGUAGAAGAUCCUGGUGUCCACAUCCUCUCACGCUUGGUAACCUGGUGCUUGGUUCUCCUGGCCACAUGUCCUUGUUGAAAUAGCUGCCUGAGACCCUGCUCUGGGUCUGACUUGGCUCUGGUUGGAGGCGCUGGCUCACCAGUGGGGUUACUGGAUUUGUAUGAACCACAGCACUUGGUCUCUUGGACCAAGCACAGCUUGGUUUCUUGGAAGGGUGGACUUCAGACAGUUGUGCUGGAAACCUGGAGGGUUGUGAGGGGCUGGGUCUGACUUGCUUGUAAACUGUCCCUUUUAAAUGAUUAUAAAUAAACAGUAAC